CUGUCUCUGUCUCAGUUUCAGUUUCAGAUUCAUUUAGAAAAUCAUUCAGAGAGACAGUAGCCGGAAAAAGAGACUUGUUGGCUUGUUAGUUCGAGCUUCCGUCGAGAAUGUUUGUUUUGCCGAUAAGACGAACAGGAAAAUAAAUAAAAACCUCAUAUGCAAUUAAAAAUAAACCGAGUGAAUCGGUAAAGGCGACUUUUUGCAUUUAAAAUUAGAAAUAAUUGCGAGCUUAUUAGAUGCUAAAAUAUGGAAGUAUUUACUCAUAAGGAUAGGUCAGUUAGAAUCGGAAAAUAAUAAUAGUACUUGGGGCCUUUAAAAGUUAAAAAUACUUUAAAAGAUUGACGUAAAAAGAUUCAUAUUUCAUAUCCUAAGUGGUUUGCUUUUUAUUUUUAAGAAGCCGGGGGUCUGUAACCUGCCUAAUAAAUGUCAGCAAUUUGGGCCAAUAAUUUUGACAAUUCUAUUGUCAGUCGAGGCAGGCCACAUAAGGCAGGACGGCCAGGAGCACCCCAGUGACACCACCCACACCGUCAUCAUCAUCAAAGUGCCAGGACGAUGAUGCUCUGGGGUGGUGGGCAUAAUUUUCGCGAAGUAAAAAGAAAAGAAACUGAAAAUUGAAACAUAAAAAUGUCAUUUGGCGGUGGGUGCGUGUGUGUAUGUGGGUUAAAUACUGGAAACCUUUUUUUUUCGCCUGUGUACUACAUAAAAGUACAUUAAAAUAAUGCCUGUUUAGGUCACAGACAGCUGAGGCAGGGCCAAAAGGCUCGUAGAGUCAUUUAUUUAUGACAACCACCUUCCAUCCUUCGUCCUCCAUCCUCCAUCCUCCAUCCUCCUGAAGACAAUGCAAAAUUUAUGCUAAACAAGAGGGUAGAGAUUCGAGGGGUGAAAUCUUUAAUUGCUGGGGAUGGAGGUCCUUGAGGUUAUAUCCUGACAAAAGGACAAGGCUUCCGUGCGGCUGUUAAUCAGUGCAACUUUCGGAAAGUAAUCAGCAAAUAUUUGCACAGUUUUGUUGCGAUUUUCUCAACCAUUUUCUUCAUUUUCAUAAAAGCUGGGUUUUCUUUUUCUCCGUUUGUUUCUGAAUGUCUGAGGCAUUGUUUGCUUAUGGUUUAUUAUUUAUUUCCCCCCGAAAUGCAAAUUGAAAUCUAUCAUAGCCGAUCAGAUUUGCUGUCGGCCAGCCUUGGAAGCAAAAAUGUGGAGGGCCCUUGUAGCAGCCAUCUGCCUUAUAAGGCUCCGGCCACUUUCACAAUUGUCUUGGCCAUCGAAUUGUAAUGGUUGAUCGAAAUCGGUCAGUUGGCUUCAGUUAUUGUUGGCUACUCGGCGGAUACGAACCACCUCUACGAUGGCAUCGACGAGGACUGUAUUAUUCUGUCUAUUUUUUUACAUCCUGGUCCUCGGAGCCCUGGCCACGGACAGCGAAAUUGUGGAGGCCAUGGAUAUUAAGGUUGAAAGCGCAGCUGACCCUAAUGAGACGAGACCUACGGAGACCUGGCAAGAAAGUGGAGCGAUGCAGGUGAAACCCUACAACAUCCUGGAGGCCAAUUGUCCGCAGGGCUAUGUCCUGGCCAAUAAACACUGCCACAGAAGAGUCUAGUGCCGC